AACGAGUUGCGCGCAAGCUCCUCGAGCCACGCGCACGCAUCGCACGACCACGGGAACCUCUCGAACGCUUGACAUCCGUCAACCACUUACUGUACGCGCACGCGCGUCCUCGUCGCUAGUCGAACGAGCGAAACAAUAUAGCCUUACCGGACAUCAGCUCUAUUAACCAAGAGACCUUGUCAGCAUGGCUGACAACAAAGAUCUCGAAGAGGUUGCGAAGAAUACCACGGAAGAUUUUUACGAGCUCCUCGGCGUCGAUAUCCUCGCCGAAGAAUCAGCCAUAAAACGCCAAUACCGCAAAACCUCGGUCAAAUAUCAUCCUGACAAAAACCCAGACAAUGCUCAAGCGGCGGAGCAGUUCAUUCUGCUCGGAAUCGCUCGUGAUAUCCUUCUCGACCCCGCCCUCAAAGGCGAAUAUGACAGGCAGCGGCAGCGGCGGCAGGAAAGGGAGCUUGAGAAAGGGCGACUGGGUGCGCAGCGGCGGCAGAUGGUGGAAGAAUUGGAAAGGGCAGAGCGCGAAGGUGUACAGAACUUGAAGCGACAACGAGAGGCAGCGACCGAGCGCGACCAGUUGAUCGCACGGCUGGCGGAAGAGGGGCGCAAAAAGAGGCAGGAGUACCAGGACAGAGUACAGAAGGAGAAGCAGGAUGAGGAGCUUAAGGCACAGCUGGACCGCUCAGUCAAGGUGCGCUUUCGGAGAGAAGGAGAAGCAGCGACUUGGGACAAGGAUAUCCUGACGAGCAUGUUUGAGAGGUAUGGGCAUAUCGAUGCCGUGGUCAUAGGCGGCGACAAAAAAGUUAAGGUACCCGGAGAGAAGCACAGAAGGCUCGAGGCUACUGUGACCGUCGUCUACGAGCGCCUCGACAGCGCGCAGGCUGCUGUUACUGGCGGCAAGGUCGAUUACCCCUUCCUAGAGUCUGUCGCGUGGGCUAGCAAAGAGUCCGAGGCAAGGUCAGACUUGAAAGCCCAAUUCUCCGCACCUUCGACCCCGCUGGGAACACCACAGCCAAACAAAACGUUCAAAACUUCUUUCGGCAUCGGGAAAGGGUUGGGAGCAGCCCCCGGAAGGCCUCAGUUUGCAAACCUCAAAGAGCUCGAGGAGUAUACAUUGAAGAGGUGUAAGGAGGUAGAUGAGCGAAAGCGCAUGCAAAGAGAGCAAGCAGUUUGAGGGAGAAACAGAACAGGUAUGGUACGUUGGCCGGGGAUAGGCAAUGUGAUGCUGAAGCUCCUGGCAACAUACGAGGUUAUGAUUUCCUUUGAGUAAAAUGAUACCCACACUCGCCUUUGAUUCGUAACAAUAGAUGGAGAAGAUCAGAAACAUGGUUUUGUAAUAGCAGCGCGAUGCAUGCUCAAUGUAUUGUUUUCACCGAUGUUGAGCUGCAAGACCGAACAGCAUCAUCUAGUAAGGGAGAGCGCCGCAACCCACAGUGCAUACAGCCGUGGGCCAAACUAAGUGAUAGAAGGUAACGGUCAAAGUAACUAGGUAUAUAAGUAACACGUCAUUCUG